UGGGCCCGAGACGGCGGGCCUGAGGGGGCCCCUUUGCGGAAGGGGGAAGGCGCCUCUAAAAGGGCUGGCGAGCGAAUGUGUGCCCUAGGGGUGGGAAGAAACAGCUGCAGAGGCCGAGGGGGUGAAGUGGCGGUGCCCUGCCCUCAGACGCCACACAAGCCCUGGAGGGAGGAUGGGGCAAGGCCCGGGGCUUCGGGCUUGGGACUGGAUCUGCGGUGAGGGUGAUCGGGGCCCAGACACCCGCAUUCCGCACUUAGUCUCAUUCCGACGGCCUGGCUACUUUAGGGUUGUAUGUGAAAGGCUUUCUCUUACAGAAAAAACUGAGGACCACACCGCUGGGACUGGGGGCCAAACCCGGGUGUCAGGUCCACCGGAAGAAGCCUGCACAUUUGGGGAUGCCUGUGAAAUGGGGCCACCAGCACGUACCUCCAGGGCUGCCGGCAGGAACGGACGCUGCCCCAUAUUACUGCUUAGCCUUGCCCCCGGCCUGUGCACCGCCCACGCGGCCGCGUGGCCACACCACCCCGGCGCGCACGGAGCGGACGCUGAGGUCCCCUUCGCACCCCGCCUGCCACCGCCACCCCACCCCCACCCCCACUACGGUCGCCGCGCGGCUCUAGGCCCCGGAAGCCGGGCCGCCCCGCCCCCGCCCCGCGCCGGAGCGCCGCCCGCCUUCCGACGGGGGUGCGGCUCCAGGAAACCGCGCGCUAGCCGCUCAGAGCUGCAGCAACCCGUCGCUCCCCAGACGACCCCGCCGGCCCAGCCGGACGACGCAGCAGGCCCCAGCGGAGGAAGAGCGGCCCCGGGUCCGAACCUGGGACCCUCCACGCGGACGGGGCGGACAGGGCGGACGGUGUGGAUAGGAGCCCGGGAAGCCAUGGGGACCCGGGCCGGGCCAGCGGUGGCGGGCCAGCGGGAGCCCCGGGUUUGA